AUGGUUUCUAAACAAAGCAAACUAGCAAAACUUUCACCAUUCAUGGAUGACAAGGGUAUCAUGCGAGUUGGAGGCCGACUAGAAAAUGCGAAUCUACCUUACUCGCAAAAGCAUCCGGUAAUACUUCCGUCAAGUAAUUUUCUUACGUCACUCAUCGUCCACGAUGUCCACAUGAAAACUCUUCACGGCGGUCAGCAAUUGAUGAUGGCUACGCUUCGGUCAGAGUAUUGGAUUUUGCGUUUAAAAUCGACUACUAAGCAAUGUAUCCACAAGUGUCUGAGAUGUUACAGAUUUAAUGCAACACGCAUGCAGCAGCAAAUGGGAAAUUUGCCAACACUAAGAGUGACUCAAGCGCAACCCUUUCAGACAACGGGAGUGGAUUAUGCUGGUCCUGUUCAGCUCAAAGCUUGGAAGGGUCGAUGUAGCAAAGUAACCAAAGCCUACAUCGCGAUUUUUGUAUGUUUUUGUACAAAAGCAGUUCAUUUGGAACUUGUAAGUGACUACACCACAUCCGCAUUCCUUGCCGCUUUUAAGCGUUUUACUGCUCGCCGUGGAAUAUGUUCAAAUCUGUACAGUGACUGUGGUACAAACUUCAAAGGGGCUGCAAACGGUAUGGAAUUUGAAAAGACUUUCAUGCCCAAGCAAUGGACAGAAGAUAUAGGAAGGUUUCUUCUAGAUAAUGGUACACACUGGCACUUUAACCCUCCUGCAGCUCCACAUUUUGGUGGUCUUUGGGAAGCAGGUGUAAAGUCCAUGAAGUACCACUUAAAGCGAGUUAUCGGACACUACACCCUAACCUUUGAAGAAUACGGAACUGUACUAACACAAGUAGAAGCCUGCUUAAAUUCCCGCCCAUUGUGUCCUAUAAAUGAAGAUCCUGACGAUCUCUCAAUAUUGACACCAGGACAUUUUUUAAUUGGGUCAGCACUUAAUACAGUUCCAGAAAAAGACUUAACAGGAGUUAAGGACUCUCACUUAGAUAGAUGGCAACUGAUGCAAAGAAUUCACCAGGAUAUUUGGAAAAAGUGGAAAUCGGAAUACUUGGUUAGACUUUAA